GGCGGUGAGAGGUCGGUGCCGCCGCCCGCCGCUUCCCCUUCCGGCGCUGCCGGGGCUCCUCGGAACAUGGCAGCGGUGGCGGGCGGCCGGCUGGGCAGCCCCCUCUGGGCGGCAGCGGUGGUUGCGUUCGCGCUGGCAUCGUCAGGUGCGGUUUUUGUGGAGGACCUGGAUGAAUCGUUUAAAGAAAACCGUAAAGAUGAUAUUUGGCUUGUAGAUUUUUAUGCACCUUGGUGUGGCCACUGCAAGAAAUUGGAGCCAGUGUGGAAUGAAGUGGGUAUAGAAAUGAAAAACAUGGGCUCUCCAGUAAGAGUUGGGAAGAUGGAUGCAACUUCCUUUUCUAGUAUUGCUUCUGAAUUUGGAGUGCGAGGCUAUCCAACAAUUAAGCUCUUAAAAGGUGAUUUGGCAUACAACUAUAGAGGACCUAGAACAAAAGAUGAUAUAAUUGAAUUUGCUAAUAGAGUAGCAGGACCUCUUAUCAGGCCACUUCCUAGCCAGCAUAUGUUCGAGCAUGUGCAAAAGAGGCAUCGUGUACUUUUUGUGUAUGUUGGUGGGGAAUCUCCUUUAAAGGAAAAAUACAUUGAAGUUGCUUCAGAACUAAUUGUUUAUACAUACUUUUUUUCUGCCUCAGAAGAUGUGCUACCUGAGUAUGUGACCUUGCCUGAAUUGCCUGCUGUUGUUGUUUUCAAAGAUGGAACUUACUUUGUAUAUGAUGAAUAUGAAGAUGGUGACUUGUCAUCCUGGAUAAAUCGAGAAAGAUUUCAAGGUUACCUUAAUGUAGAUGGCUUUACGUUAUAUGAACUUGGAGAUACAGGAAAACUUGUGGCUAUUGCAGUUAUUGAUGAUAAAAACUCUUCACUGGAACAUACCAGACUAAAAUCUAUUAUUCAGGAAGUUGCUAGAGAUUAUCAGGAUCACUUUCACAGGGAUUUCCAGUUUGGCCAUAUGGAUGGAAAUGAUUACAUUAAUAGCUUACUAAUGGAUGACUUGACAAUCCCUACUAUUGUUGUUUUGAAUACUUCCAAUCAGCAGUAUUUUCUACCAGAUAGGCACAUUGAGAAUACAGAAGACAUGGUUCAGUUUAUUAACAGUAUCUUGGAUGGCACGGCUGAAGCACAGGGUGGUGAUGGAGUUCUGCAACGAAUCAAGAGAAUAAUCUAUGACGCCAAGUCUACUGUAGUGUCAGUGUUCAAGAGUUCACCGCUUCUGGGAUGCUUUCUCUUUGGGUUGCCCUUGGGUGUCAUCAGCAUUAUGUGUUAUGGAAUCUGCACAGCUGAUACAGAUGGAGGGGUAGAUGAACAUGAGGCAGCUAAAAAGGAGAACAGUGAUCGGGAGCUCACAGAUGAAGGCAGUGAGGAAGAACAAGAGGAGGAAAAGAACGAAAACUAUACAGAUGGAGAUCUUAAACAGAAAGACCUAUUGGAAAAGAAAAAAGACUAGUUGAGCAAAAAAUUCUCUAGAAUUUCCAAAUAGACUUAUUUAUUGAAGAUAGUCAUUUAUUGAUGAUCUUCAUGAAAGAGGACCUUUUUGUCUGCAUUAUGGUAGUUUUGACUUGCAUGUAUUCAAAUUUUCUCAGAUAUUGAAAGUAAAAAAUUUGAAAUAUUGAUUUUCUUUAUUGUCUUUAACGAUUAUCAGAGAAGGAAUUUGCAGGUACGAUUUGACACUUUUUGUUUUGGAAGGUUUGGAUUGUUCAUUUCCAGAACAGCAAGAUAAAGAUAAUGCAACUUGACCUUAGUAUAUGUGAUUAGCUACUAAUAAUAUAGCCCAGCUAAACACUGAUAAAAUUAAGGCUGAAUACGAAGAAAGUUUAAAAGAGACCUGUAAAGUCUUUCAGAACCUGAUAGCUAAAGACAACUUAGAGUUUUUCCAGGAAGUCACAUGUUCUACAUGUUGCACGUUAUUUUGAAAAAAUACUUUAUUUUAUCAAGUUAAAUAUAAAUUGGUAUAAAUUAGAGGACUGUUUUAUCAUGUAUUAAUAUAAUUAUUGGCAGUCAAGAAUGUCUAAUUGAUAUAGGAUGUGUUAGCAGUUAAAAAUAUUGGAGGACUACGUUAUAAACCUUUUUGGAACAAGAUUGCUUGUUAAAUUGUUUUUGUAUGAGUGCUUACACAGACUUUUAGUAAAAAUUUAUCUUCACUUUUCUGAAACCACAGUACAACUUGAUAAAUUUGGCAAUGGUGCAUAAGCAAGCACUGUUUAUCUAUUUUGCCAAACUCCCAAGUGACAAGCUUUUUGAACAGUGUAAACAUGUUUACAGUGUUUAAUUCAGAUUGUUAUGUAUCUUUGAGGUAGUUGGUGUUGAUAUUUCAGUUUGAGACUGUUACCUACUUUGAAAGAGGGAGUUAAUGAAGCAUAAUAUUACCAUUCAUACAGAUUGGUCAGUAUAAUGCGUUUUUGUUACCUAUUUAGUUAUAAAAGUCACUUUUAGCUGCAACCCAGUGACUGUGAAAAGGAUUAGUUUGUAUCCAGGGUUAAUCUCCAAGGAUAAAAUAUAAAGCAGCCUUUGGUGUUGAUGUCACAGUACCAUAGAAACAAAACUUCUGUUGCUUCUCCUCUUAGUCUUCAUGCUGUUUUUUUCCUCUUUUAAGGUAAUAUUUCUGUAUAAUGCAGAUUAUUUUCUCACAUAAGGCAGCUUGAUCACACAAGAAAUUACCAUACUGUAGCACUAAGUUAAGGAAUUUUAAAUUAAGACAUUGGUAAGCUUAAAUAGACAAGUUCUGAUGGUAAUAUAAAUUAUAACUGGCUAAAAUGUAUUGUAUAAUUUUUCCUUGUAGGAAAGAAAUUUGGUUCUUCUGGUUAAGUAGCUUGGUAACAGCUGGCUUAAAGUUACAGUGAAGAGUAUAAUACAUAGAUGCAUGAGUUGAAAGAGUUUUGCUACUGUUGUAAAGUUUAAGGAGAUCAGGAAAUUUUUUUGGAAAAAAAAAUUGUCUGAUUUUGAGUCAACCCUUUUUCCGUUUGGGAGGAGAAGAAAAGAUGAGUUCAUAGAAUUUUGAAUAGCAGGUGUCUGAUAAGUUCCUUCAUUUCUUUCUUUUCUCUCUGUGAAUUGCCUUUUUUCAGUUUUCCAUUUUAUUUGCAUAGUUGGUUGUAAAUAGUAAGUUGAGUUCCUUGCUUUUUAAUGUUUUUUUUUUAAAUCUGCAGAAUACUUUUGAGAAGUAUUUUUAGCAUGUAUGUGAAGAGUGAGAUGCUUAAAAAAUGUGCUUUAAGUCGUCUUUUACUUGAUGUAGAGCUGUGUUAUGUUUAAAAAAAAAAAGUCACUUAAGGACAAACCUGUAAGUUUCCUUGGACUUCAGCACAAGUCAGUGCUAAUAAUCAAAAUGCUGGACUAUUAAGGCAAUAAGAUGCUUUAUUCAUUUGUCUCUUUUCAUAAAGUUUCAAGUACAAAUGAAUUACGUUUAAUUUUGGCUCAGGCUGGAAACCUGUGGCUUUUGACUAAAAAAAAGAAAGUGGUCCGUGGAACACCACUGUUUAUUCCAUAAUGUGUAAUUAAAAAAAAAAAAAAACACAACCAAAAAACCACCCCAAACCUGAAUUCUGCUGCACUGCAAGGAACUGUUUCAACUGUGAGCUUUCAUUAUUGUGGUUAUUUUUGUGUUUAUAAUCAAAGUAGUAUCCAAAGACCUUGCUGAGAAAUCUUCUGAGAUAUGGACCUAAAAAUUAUAAAUAGUGUGUAAGAAAUAGAUCAGACUGGGAUCCAUUACAAUUGUAACAUUCAACUGCAGGAGUCAAGACAAAAACAUGUAUCUCAGGCACUUCUUAAUUGUAUUAUCAAUCAGAUGUGUACUGAACUAUUGAAAAUUUAGCUUGAAAUGUACUGCCAUUUUCACCAAAUCCUUUUCUCAGCUAUAUUCAGCAAGGCAUAGGGAAAAGAAGAGCAUCAUAUACUGGGUAUGUCAGAAGUGAUAUGCAAUUAAGGGAUUUACUGUGGUCAUGCAAAUAGUUUAGAAUGUUAUCUGAGCGGAAUCUGACAUUUUACUUUUUUUUUUUCUUGAAUCUCGAAAGGUUUCUUAAAGCAACUUCACUGUAGUAAUUUCUUCAAAUUCAUGAAAUACUGCUGCUUUUUGAAUUCAAGUGUAAGCCUUUUAUUUUUUUCUAUAAUAAAAACAUAUAAAAGUA